UUUAAGUAUCAAAUUUAAUACAAUAUUUAGAAAGUAUAAAAUUUUAAGCAUUGCGCCUUUUAUUUAAUAAGAGUGAGCGAGUCAAAUACAGUUCUGGUCUUAUAGUCAUUUCGUUUUAAGAGUUUCCUUGGAGUAGCAAAGUAAUAGCUAAGCAAAGUAAAAACCAGUGAUUUUCGGUGAAAAGGCAUAUAAAGCAAAUUAAUUUAGUUCAACAGUAAUAUAAAGAAAAUUUGGGAAAAUAAUUAAAAGGAUAUUUUCGGAAAAUGGAAUCAAUGACUAGAUAUGUAUCACCUAUAAAUCCUGCUGUAUUUCCUCACCUUGCAACAGUUCUUCUUGCUAUUGGAACAUUUUUUACGGCUUGGUUUUUCGUUUAUGAAGUUUCACGUCCAAAAAAUACUAAAGACACCAUAUUUAAGGAGCUCUCUAUAAGUUUAUUCGCAUCAAUUUUCUUAGGUUUUGGUGUGCUAUUUUUAGUUUUGUCAGUUGGAAUAUAUGUUUAAAUUUUAAACAUUAUUUUGAAAAUACAUACACACAAUUUUUUUAGACAGUAAAACUAUAAAAAAAAAAUGUUCAUUCCUAAAAUUAAAUUUUGUAAGGUAUUUUAUAUUUCACCUUCAAAUAUAUGAAAAAACUGAGUGCAAUUUUA